AUCAACUUUAUGCAGUUGCCAGGGAUCUACGAGAUCGUCCAGUGACUUUCAAAGAAGCUCUCGAGAAAAAUAUGGGGUGUUACGACAUCUUUGAUCCUGAGGGCAGAUAAACCUUUGACGCAUGUACGAGACAGGGUAGACAGAAAUGACGUAAUCUAACGAGUAAACAAUGCGAGCAAAAGCGUCUCAAGCCGAAUGAUGUUUUUUUAUAUCUGCGAAGACGGCAUUGCUAGAGGACAAAUAAGGACGACUGUUAUUAUUCGUAGUGUAAAAGUUUGACGAGUGUGGUACAGUUGCAAAACCGACGCGAUAGUUGUUAUUACCGUAAAACUGUAAAAAUGUGCACGCGUGAACCUGUUCGCGUACGCGAGUGUAGUAGUGCUUGUUUAAUCGAUUCGUAAUUAAUCUUCAAAUUGAUUGGUCAACGAUAAGACAAUUGGUCGCCGUCAGAGUAUCCAGCCUGAUGUAAUUAGGAUGAAUCAAUUUGGAUGCAGUGAACGCCGGCAUUAUGAGUUUCAGAUACAUGCGUCUUUACCAUGUUUCUUUUGAUAAUGCAAUGGAGUCGAUAGAAGAAAACACUAUUGUCUUAUGGCCGAACAUCUCCAAGUGGCCCUGAAAGGUCUCUGACAUCGCCUUCAACAAAGUGGCCGGUAAAUUACACCUUCCUUUGUGUUUUUCGCAGUGACGCAAAUAAAAUGCCUUGAAGGAAGAUGUUUUUACGGGGGGAUUCUCGUUAUAUAACACGGGAGAAUGUGGAGGGUUCGAUUAUUAAGACUCUUGAUAUCAUUCCUCCUCCUUCUGACUAUUAGCGAUGCCGUUGAUCCAUCCCAAUGCAUAGCUCCCCUUGGAAUGGAGAGCGGUUCUAUUCGAGACGAAGAUAUAACUGCCAGUUCGUCCUUUGACAGCGGCAACGUGGGUCCUCAUCACGGCCGAGUUCGCACAGAGAGACAUGGUGGUGCUUGGUGUCCUUUGAAGCAGGCCACAACUGAACCAGAAGAAUGGCUGCAAGUAGAUCUAAAGAGCGUUCAUAUGAUAGUUGCCACAGGAACUCAAGGGCGGUUUGGUAACGGUCAGGGGGUGGAAUUUGCAGAGGCCUACUUGAUAGAAUACUGGAGACCUAAGUUAGCGAAAUGGAUUCGAUAUAGAACUGUUAAAGGCGAAGAGGUUAUUACUGGGAAUAUCAACACGUACCUGGAAUCAAAGACCGAUCUUGAUCCUCCGAUAUGGGCGAGCAAAAUCCGCUUUUAUCCAUACAGCUACCAUCAAAGAACCGUCUGCAUGCGGGUGGAAUUGUAUGGUUGUCGAUGGACGGAUGGUAUAAUCAGUUACUCCAUGCCGCAGGGCGAUAAAAGGGGGUCGAAUUGGGAAUUUUACGAUGCCACAUACGAUGGUCAUUGGGACGGAGACGAACUGAGGCAUGGUUUGGGUCUGCUCACGGACGGAAAAUUUGGACGAAGUGACUUCAAAGAGUCAUUCAACGACAACAGUCAAUUGUGGGUUGGAUGGAAGAACGACACCCAUUUAACGAAACCCAUCGAAAUAAAAUUCGAGUUUGAUAAAGUGCGAGAAUUUUCUGCUGUUCAUAUUUAUUGCAACAAUCAAUUCAACAAAGACGUGCAGAUAUUUUCCCAAGCCAAAGUUUUCUUCAGUAUCGGCGGUAAAAGGUACAAAGGUGAACCCAUCACGUUUGAUUAUAUAGAAGAUAAGAUCUUCGAGGAUGCUAGAAAUGUUACCAUCAAGCUCCACCAUCGCGUCGGACGUUUCGUCAAAAUACAACUCUUCUUUGGCGCCAGGUGGAUUUUGAUAAGCGAAAUAUCGUUCGAUUCGGUCAUUGCCCAUGGGAAUUUCUCCGCCGAAUCCGACCCCAAUACAACAAUACCACCCCAAAAAACCGCCCGGUCUGAAAGAUAUCCCAAUGACAAAAUCGAAAUUCCAUUACCUUCGAACACCAUGAACGAUCCCACAUAUUUGACAAUCAUCUUAGUGGCCCUUGCCUUUAUUAUUUUAAUCCUGGGACUGUUAGUGUUCUUUGUAAUUAAUCGUUAUCGAAAUAGAAAAUUGUUUCGUAGUCCCAAUUCCUCGAAUGUUGGGUUCCCUUCCAAUACCUUACCUCAUCUUCAGCCCGAGUUCGGCAUUCACGAAAAAGGGAACACCAUCGAAGCUUACGGUGUUACCGAAAUAGAUGAUUGUAGAAGAAGUCACGAAACCAUGAAAUCUAGUUUAAGGUCCACGUUGCCUUUAUCGCAUCCCGUUGUGGAAAACUAUGCGGAGAGCAACGACUAUCAGGAGCCCUAUCAGGCCCUCAAAUACGCUCCCUACUACAGCUACAGUUCUGUGGUGAUGGAGAUGCAAGAUGUGAUAUCCGAUAAGAAAUUCAACCAGUCCCAUUCAGAUACAUACGAUUAUGCAGUGCCUGAGACUGGAACUUUACCUUUGUUGAAUUCCGACAAGAAUUCGUUGGUGUCUAGAGCAAGAAUCAAUAGCACAGCAUCGAACGGUUCCAAGAAUUCGAGAAAUAGCAGCUACGGGGAAGCGAAUAGUAGAAAGUUAUCUUCGCAACAUGAGCCUCUUCUAGCAUUAAGAAAACGUUUAGAAGAAACAACUAUCGCUGAGUUUCCAAGACAUCGACUGCGAAUGUUGUCGAAACUUUCGGAAGGUGCUUUUGGAACGGUGUAUAUUGCGGAAGCAGACAGUAUAUCCGAAUACUCGUCUGUUGUAUCUCUGGGCAAAAGAUUAGUGGCAAUAAAAUUCUUAGGGGAAAAUGCAUCUGAGAAAGAAAAGAAAGAUUUCUGCAGAGAUGUAAGGAUUUUAGCUGCCUUAGACGAUCCAAAUUUGGCCCGGGUCCUUGGCAUAUGCAGCCAGGAAGAUCCCCUUUGCGUAAUCAUGGAAUAUUUGGAACACGGAGACUUGUGUCAAUUUUUGAAAUCACACGUAGCCGCCGAAAACAGUACCACGGCCCCUUACGGGGUGAAGACCCUCAGCUUCAACUGCCUCUUGUACAUGGGCACCCAAAUAGCUUCUGGGAUGAGAUACCUGGAAACCCUUAACUUCGUACAUCGUGACUUAGCAACGAGAAAUUGUCUGAUUGGCAAAGCAUAUCAAAUAAAAAUUUGUGAUUUCGGAACAUAUAACGAACUGUAUGUGAACGAUUAUUACAAGGUCGAUGGUAACACUCCAUUGCCCAUACGGUGGAUGGCCCAUGAGUCAGUGUUCCAAGCCAAAUACACCACCAAAAGUGACGUGUGGGCGUUCGCCGUCACCCUAUGGGAAAUUCUGACUCUCUGCAGAAGGCACCCUUACGAUAACAUGACCGACCCCCAGGUGAUGGAGAAUCUUGCUCAUAUGCAAAGGGACAACGGUCAACAUAUGCUCCUUCCACGUCCUGCCGUGGCCAGCAAGGACAUUUACGACUUGAUGGUCGAAUGUUGGAAGAACAGGGACGUAUCGAGGCCGACGUUUAGAGAAAUUCAUUUAUUCUUGCAAAGAAAAAAUCUGGGAUAUGCCCCGACGUAGCUUUAGCGAAAACGGAUGGUUU